AGUAAAAUAUAUUAGGCCGGGGCUAGAACUUGAGACAGGGGUAUUUUGGUCCUUUAAAGCUCAGGGUUCAUUCUUCUAUACCUUCUCAGUUCUCACUCCAUUAACAUUUUUCAUCAGAUUUGUUUGGUUUUUAUCUCUUCCCAGUUGUCUCUUACCAAAUAAGCUAAUGGGUGACAAGAAGAAGGCUGGUGCUCUAUUCGUGAGGCUUGUUUCAACUGCUGGAACUGGAUUUUUCUAUGUGAAGAAGAAGACCAAAACUCUUAUAACGAAUCAGACGAAGCUUGAAUUUAGAAAGUUUGAUCCUCGAGUGAAUUGUCAUGUUCUCUUCAAGGAAGAAAAGAUGAAGUGAUGCAAACGCCAAACUUUUUGCCAAAUCCUCUUUUUAACGGUUCUUUCAUUUUUGCAGCAGCCACUCAGUUGUGAAAUUAGACAACAGGACCUUUUGCUCACUUGUGCUACCACAAUUAAGUAAGUUUGUUUAGUUCUAUUUAUGCAAUUCUCUGAGUUCGUUCGUGAUCAUGUUGAAUGAAUAUAGUUAUAGAAGAGUGACUUUGGACGAACAAUUCCAUCAAUUUACAUGUAUGAUUCUUAAGGUCGAUUUGAUUUGAUAUUUUCUUGAA